AUGGAGACAUACUUCCAGUACCAAAGAGUUCGGAAAGCAGUCCGCCAGCACCUGGCAGAGCUGGAAACUGACUGUAACUGCCCGAGCUAUACUGUCGGGUCUUUUCACAAUGCGGACUGUACAUUGAGCAUCCACCACGGCCCUCUAGAGAAACCGCCUUCUGCAAACCCGACGAGCUUAGAUGACCUGCUCCUUGUGGGCUGGGAUGGCCCAAAUGAUCCUUUAAACCCUGCCAGUCAGAGUACUGCACGCAGAAUAUGCAUGACGCUUAUGGUGUCUUUGAUCGCAUUUGCAGUCACUGCCGCAUCGGCGAUCGAUGCUUGCGGUGUGAGGGAGUAUAGCGAGUACUUCCAUGUAUCGGAAGUCGUCGGGUCUCUGGCAACAGGUCUCUUUCUCAUCGGUUUCGCAUUUGGUUCCCUCCUCUCGGGUCCUUUCUCAGAAACCUUUGGCCGCAAUGCGAUCUAUUCAACGACGAUGCUCCUCUUUUUAAUCUUCAUUAUGGCGUCGGGCCUUGCCCCAAACCUCCACAGCCACCUAAUCUUACGCUUUUUUGCCGGCUUUUUCGCUUCUACCCCACUAAGCUGCGCCGGCGGUACGAUUGCGGAUCUAUGGAAUCCGCUCGAGAAGGCUUAUGCCUUUCCUAUAUACGCUAUCCCCGCAUUUGCAGGGCCGAUGGUCGGGCAAAUAAUUGGAAGCUAUAUCCCAACCACGAUCGGCUGGCGUUGGUUAGAGUGGACGAUGCUCAUCAUGGGCGGCGCGGUCCUAGUUCUGGUCUUCCUCUUUCAACCCGAGACCUAUGGUAAUCUGGUUCUCCACUGGAAGGCCUCCAUACUUCGACAGGAAACCGGCGAUGAGAGAUAUAGGGCGCCAAUGGAGAUGAAGCGGGAGAGCCUGGGUCAGCGCCUGAAACUCUCGGUGUACCGGCCAUUUGCGAUGUUCUACUCGGAGUUGAUCAUCAUUCUCAUCUCGCUCUAUCUGACGAUUAUCUAUAUCGUCCUCUUUACUUUCCUGGAAGGCUAUACUUAUGUCUUCGGUGAAGCAUAUGGUAUCUCAAAGGGCCUGACUAGUAUUUGCUGGGCGGGUAUGCUUGUCGGGGUCUUGCUUGUCAGCUGCGUGGUGCCAGUGGUUUACAGCUGGACUGCAAAGGCUUAUGCUCGAGACAAGUCAUCUACUAUUGCCCCUGAGAUGAGACUCUGGUAUACAAUGCUUGGUGGUGCACCAGCAGUACCGAUCAGUUUGUUCUGGAUGGGAUGGACCAGCAAUCCAACCAUUUCAAUUUGGUCGCCCCUUGUCGGGUCUGUCCUCUUCGGCUACGGCAUCACCACUAUCUUCAUCGUUUCAUACAUGUAUCUCAUCGAUUCCUACGAUACAUACUCGGCCUCUGCGCUAGGAUUUCUUGUGUUCACGCGAUAUGUGGUUGCAGGAGGCGUGACUGUUGCUGGUGGACCGAUUUAUCGGGCCCUCGGCGUGCAGUAUACACUCACAAUUCUUGGGUCUAUUAGUGGAGCUAUGGCUUUUGUGCCUUACCUACUAUACAUCUACGGACCUAGGAUCCGCAAGAGCAGCAAGUUUGCGGUGAAUAUCGACACAAAUUGA